CCCGAACCGGCAAACCCACACAGAUCCUCUCCUCCUCCUCCUCCUCCUCGAGCAGCCCAGUCGAUCACUGCACCUCAUCUCCCCUCUCUCGGAACACCAUAGCUUCAAAACCUUCCUGCUCGCGAGAAGGUGAGCGACGAUCCCUGGGAGGAUAGCAGCAAUGGCGAAGCGGCUCCACGAUGAGUACGGGCACGACGGCGACCAGCCCGACGACAAACGGAUGCGCCGCCUUCCGUCCUUCUCGACGGUGAUCCGGGAGGCCAUGAUGCAGAAGCACAUGCAGCACCUGUUCAGGUGCAUCGAGCCCCUCCUCCGCCGCGUGGUGCAGGAGGAGCUCCAGGCGGGGCUGAUGCAGAGCCCGCGCUACAUCGAGCGUUCGCCUCCGGCGACGCCGCCGGCCGAGCGGCCGGCGUGGAAGCUGGCUUUCCGGACCCCGCCGAACCUCCCGAUCUUCACGGGCAGCAAGAUCGAGGACGAAGCCGGGAACCCACUGGACAUCGUCCUCGUGGACGCGGACACCGGCGCCUCCCCGGCGGCGCCCCCGCCGGCGCUGCGCGUCGAGCUGGUCCCGCUCGUCGGCGACUUCCCCCCCGACGGCCGCGAGGACUGGUCCCCCGAGGAGUUCCAGAAGGGCGUCAUGAAGGAGCGCGAGGGCAAGCGCCCGCUCCUCACCGGCGAGGUCGCCCUCACCAUGCGCGACGGGCGCGCCACGGUGUCCGAGCUCCAGUUCACGGACAACUCGUCCUGGGUGCGCUGCCGCAAGUUCCGCAUCGGCGUCCGCGUCGCGCCGGGGAGCUACGACGGCUCCAGGAUCCAGGAGGCCAUGACGGAUGCCUUCGUCGUUAGGGACCACCGCGGCGAGCUCUACCGGAAGCACUACCCUCCCCACCUCGUUGACGACGUCUGGAGGCUCGAGAAGAUCGGGAAGGAAGGCGCGUUCCACCGGAAGCUCCGGCAAAACAACGUCGUCUCCGUCCAGGAGUUCGUCAGGAUGCUCAUGGUGAAGCCCGACGAGCUGCGCGCGAUUCUGGGCGAGGGCAUGACCGACCGCAUGUGGGAGGUGACGACGAACCACGCCAAGACCUGCGUCGACCGCGACGAUAAGGUGUACGUGUACGGCACGCCGCACGGCACCAUCUACGUGGACUCCGUCUUCAAGCUCGUGAGGGUCGAGAUCGGCGGCGUGGAGUGGCCGCUGCAGCAGCUGAGGGGCCAAGCGCAGGUGAUCGUGCAGCAGCUGAUGCUGGAGGCGUACGAGAAUCGCCACAGCCUGCAGGAGGCCGAAGCCUUCAUGCUUCCUGGCCAUGGCCACGCCGCCAACAACGUUCCGCUGCUGCAGAAUGCAGCACAUGUCGCGCUGCCGGCGCCUGGGGAGGCACAGCUCUGGUACCCAAACGCCCCGGAGAUCGAGUUCCCGGUCGACGACGUGGUUCCUCCCAUCCCCCAACCCAACAACUUCGGCUACCAGUGGCCUGGCCAAGUGUUCCAUAUGACAGGUUAAGAAUUGCACUGGGAAAUGCCCCCAACUCAAGUGAAGAUCACUUGCAACGCAAGGUUCCAAGGCUUCCAGCUAUAGGAUGUACAUUAACCAAAUACAGCUACGUGGUGUCUGUCUGUCCACGAAAGUGUGUGGUCGGUCUGUGUGUUGUCAAGUAACGGCAGGGUUUAAGGGUAGGUGAAACUUGAGCGGCCCUUCCACUGCGUCGCUGAGCAUGCGCAGGCCGAGCGUCCGCCGCGAGCAGCGAGAAGAGGCGUGCAAGUGCAAAAAUUCUUUGGUUUAAUUCGUAUCCUUUGUUGUAAUGUAUUUUCUCAGUUUUUCGUUCAGCCUGGUCCUAGUAGCGCCUCGGCUCUGCGAUGUUUUGCUCCAAAAGAGCUGCAUGUAAAUGUAAAAUGGCAGGGCAGCGGUUCUGGGCAGGCGAACGAGUGUGGCAUGCCUGCAAGGGCUGUAGAACUUGUUGUAAACAGACAGUUCUACUUUUUUUUCUUUAAAAUUUUCUGAAGUUUUUGUGUCCUGUAAACAUCAAGGUCGUGAUUAAUAAAGGAAGGAAGCUGCCCUUUUGUACAUAAA